UUGAAAUUCAUUCAUGUCGAAAAAUAAUAGUUGCAAUUAGCCAAAAAGAAAGAAACUAUAAAGUCACACAAAUCUAGCUUAGGGAUUUAGAAGAGGCAAACAUGAGUACUGGUUGCGAAGGAAAGAGUUCAUGGCCCGAAUUGGUUGGAUUUGAAGGAACAGUGGCAGAGGCAAGAAUUGAGAGGGAAAAUCCGUUGGUGAAUGCUAUAAUUGUGCCUGAAGGAAGCAUAGUAACCACUGAUUAUCGAUGUGAUAGGGUUUGGGUUUGGAUCAACAAAGCUGGAAUUGUUAAAAGGGUUCCAAUUAUUGGAUAGAACACUCUGAUCUUCUUUUCCUAUAUAAUAUAUAUAAAAUAAGGAAUUUAAUUUC